GGAAAACCGGUGAAACAUAGUUAGUUCUGAACAAUGGUGUCGUCAAAGAAACCGAACAAGGAGAAGAAGCCGAAGAGCGAUGGCGUCAAUAAAGCUGGUGGUCGUGUCUCCGGUUCCAAAGCAGAGAAGAAGACGCCGAACAAGGCGAAAUCCGGGGCCAUCGUGAAGAAAGACCCGGAGGUUUACGAGAUCUCGGAAUCUUCGAGCAGCGGCUCUGUGGAAGAAGCGAGACGUGAUGAGUCGAAGAAAAGUAAUGGCGUCGUGAAAAAUGGCUGUAACGGGAAGGGGGAUAAGAGGAGGAAAAACGGGGAAGAGGACGACGGCGGAGGCGUUGAAGACGCUAAGACGAUUAGGUUUCCGAUGAAUCGGAUUCGGCGGAUUAUGAGAAGCGAUAAUACUGCUCCUCAGAUCAUGCAGGACGCCGUUUUUCUUGUCAACAAAGCCACGGAAUUGUUCAUUGAGCGGUUUUCUGAAGAAGCUUAUGAAAGCUCUGUCCAGGACAAAAAGAAAUUCAUCCACUACAAACAUCUCUCAUCUGUAGUGAGUAACGAAGAGAGAUAUGAGUUCCUUGCGGAUUGUGUUCCUGAAAAACUAAAAGCGGAGGUCGCGUUAGAGGAAUGGGAAAGAGGCAUGACAGUGACAGAUGCAGGAUGAAAUAUAUGAAACCGGUUGGAACCAAAGCUGAUCCGUUGGAAAUUUUUGUCAGUCAUGGUUAUCGUGACCUUUUUUAAUAACAUAACUCUCCUACUGAGAUUGCACAUAGUUUAUUUCAGCUGUGUAUACAUUAUUUUUUUAUUUCUUUUUAAACUAGUUCGAGUUUGUUAGAGUGGUCGAGAUUAUAAUUUUUUUUUUUAAUCGUAUUACAGACUAUGAGAACU